AUGUCAAGUGGUUGUGUACUAGGGCACCUGCGACUCUACGAAUGCAAACAACUCUUCGAAGGAACCGUGAAGAAAUCCAAUCACCCGAUCUGCACAUUCCUUUGUGGAGCUCUGCUUUCGGAGCACCUCAUCAUCUGCUGUAACCACCAUUUACCUGGAACGCGUGCCUCCACCUCACCAGCUGGCGCUUGGCUUAUUGCGCCCGUUCCCACCAUCCUUUCUGUCCAUAAUGGGAUCGUCGCGUUGAAUCUAAUCAGCGCCUCCUUUGGCGCUUUCAUCCUCCUUUCCUUCCUCUACAACCCGGGAAUUUCAACGGUCAUGCACUUGUCUUUCUGGUUUAUAUGUGCUUAUAUUACCCAUUUGAAUCUCAACUUAAAUACUCUUCUUACCCUCCUCUUCAUCUCUCUCCUCUCUUUUGAACUUCUCUCCAGCUAUGUGGGUUCGCUAACAAUUUGGGAGGCUAUUCUUCUCGCCCAAAUUUGCUUCGCCUUUCACACCAACACUGUUUUUUUCAUCAUUCCUCUGCUCUGUAUCUACACGGUUGAACGCCUCAAAAUGGGACCUAGCUGCGUGACCUUUGGAACUCUUUCUAUCUCUGUAAUUUGGUUAUGGUCCCUGCUCUCUGAUUUCGCGAGCCGCUUGGUGGAAGAGAAGACAUAUCCUGAUUCCGUGUCUGUCUUCCACUUUGAGCCCCUUCAUUUUGUCAAAGGGUUGAUUACUCCGCUGAAUAUCCUGCUCGUCACAACAGUUUGGGCACCUUUGUGUAUUGCUGCUAUCUUGGUUGUGAUCUUUUUGAGUCAAGAGGGUAGUGAGGGUGGCAAAACACCUCUUGCUCUACGUAAAAUAUUCCACUUUCAGGCUGGUAUUGUCUAUGCUACUGGGUUACUGAUCUCCCCCAAACUCCUCUCAGUGGCUGCUGCCUGCGUCCUUCUAGUGUUUUUUCUUGUUGAUUGGACUCGCCGAAGUGGGCCCUCAGCUACAUCCAAAUUCCUGAACGAUGUACUGGGACCCUUUAGAGACUCACGAGAUAGUGGUGAACUCAUUUUCACUCCCUUCGCUUUGCUCCUUGGUUUGAGUCUCCCGGUUUGGAAUUUCUGCUAUUCGUGGUCUCGAGACUAUCCAAUGUCACCUCAGGCUUGGAGUGGUGUUAUAACAAUUGCGCUGGGUGACAGCGUAGCGGCUUUGGUUGGUCGUCGGUGGGGCCACUUGUGGUUUCGUUGGCCAGGCACUCAUCGCACUCUCAUUGGCUCCUGCGCAUCAUUCAUGUCUCAGAUGCUACUAUGGGUUGGGCUUGCUGCGUACUACGGUUGGUCUUGGUGGACUGGAGUACUGCCUUUGGCGUUUGGGGUGCUGGCGGAGGCCUACACCGAGCAGAUUGAUAAUCUGGCCAUUCCUCUUCUCGUGAUGUCUCUUUUUCCCUCCUUGUGA